UGGACACUCUGACCCUGAAGUUUCAAGGACAGAUGGAUAAGGUGCGAGUUAUGAACUUGCUCACCUAUGUUCGUAUAGUUUCCGCAUGAAGUUCAUAUGUGCAACAUGGGGAGAACUUGGAGAUGGAAAAAUUCUCCAGCUCAACCUGGUAAAGCUUAUCAUCCAACGACGGUUGAACAUUUAGCUAAUUGCAUAUCACACGUUCCAUGUGUUCCACUUGGUGUUGCUGGAAUGAUUAGACUGUAUUCAAAGGCAGAUACAUAUUCUAAAUCAGUGGCGGCAAUCGUUUAUGGUCUUGCCAUUGUCUCACUCUUCUUUGCAUCUUCUGUCUUCCAUUUGUUCUCUUUGUUCUAUAUUAAUGGGCGUUUACGUUCUACACUCCAACUCUGUGACAGAAUUGUUAUAUGCUUGUUUAUAGCAGCCUCAUAUACUCCAUGGUUGUUAUUACGUGAUUUCCAUGCAUCAUGGGGUUUAACUACACUGUGGUCUGUAUGGAUUGCAGCAAUUUUCGGUGGUGCAUUCCAAUAUGUUUAUCUAGAUAGGGAUUAAUACCGUAUUAUCAUAGAUCUAUGUUCAAGCAUUAACAAGUUCUUCAAGGAUUCAAGAAUAUAUUUGAAAAAUGAUAAAUAGGUUUCAGCCUCAGUAGGAAAGGGUUUCUUAUAUCGAUAUAAAUAUUAUACCCGUUAAGUAAGUUAGUGUUUGUCCGGUAUCAGUAACUUAGUAGAUAACGUGUUUGUGAUUUGAUAUAUAUUUAUAUGCUGAUUAAUUACUUAUGCUUGUAUCAUUGAUAAAUUUUAAGUCUUGAAUCCAGUACAUUUUAUUUCAACGUGAAUAUUCACACAAUUACCAAAAUAAGAUUCAUUCCCCAUACACCAAAUGGUAACUCAGUAGAUAAUGUAUUUAACGUUUCACACAGAUUGUGUUUUCGACUCUUGUUGUGAACAUCGAUAGUAGGAUUCAGGUACAUCCAGGUGAUAAGUACCAAAUAGAAUAGGACACACAUAACCUAUUCCAUUGAUUGCCACCACCUAACUACUUACAAUCUUAUAAAUGAUGUAGAUUGACAAGAUACACACGAGUUUCCCAUAUUAAAUUCUACCGACCAGUGAUUUCACUGAAGACAAAUUACAAGUAAAAUCACCUUCUAGCUCUUAAAAGUGAAAUUGUUUACUGACCAUUCUAUGGUUCACAACGAUUGAGUUUCAUUUACAUAUCACUACUCAUGAGUAGUACAAAUGUUUUCAUGAAAUUUGUUGAUGGAAACCUUCAAGUAUGCAUAUAUUUACAACAGGUAAUGAUCCUAUCACCUAUUGAAGGUACCAAAUAUCCAUACAACAUUGAUGGUAAGUUCUCUACAAACUGUAAUCUUAACUUGAAUGAAUUGUUUCAUAAUAGUUUAGCACUAAGUUUGUUGAUUAGAUAAGUGGAAAUUAUAUUUGUAACAAUCUGGUCUAUUGAAGUUACUAAUUAUUUUAACGUUCUUCUUAACAGUAUGGCAUGAACUUAUUCAGUGAAAUAAUCGCCAAUCGAAAAUUUAAUUUAAAUUUUCCAAACUAAACGCCCUUUUUAUUGAGAACUAGCUUGUUUGGAGAUAGAUAUGAAACUGAAAAAAAGCAUUUAUUUUGAUGUUCACUGUUGACUUUGUGGGAAAUGGUUGGGGCUAUUGAAUUCGUACCUGAAAGGACCUCUCGCUUCAUAUUGAUGAGCAUCUGCCAGCACUUUUAAGUGAAUUAAUCACAGCGCUAUCCUUUCUUAUUUGAGAGGCAGUAAACACCGUAUCAAAACAGAACAUUUUUUAUCGAAUAUAUAUUAGUUAUGCAAAAUAAAAAUGAAACAGCGUUUGACAGACGUUCUUCUAUAUACUCUGCUAAUAUACUUUGUAUAAUCUGAUACUCUGAAAGAUCGGUUAACGACAGUAAUUAGCAGGACAUUCUACGCAUCCAAUCUUGCGUUGACGUUCUCGAGUCCAUCAGUAAUGUCUAUUCAAACGAAGGAUAAAUUACCUGAGUUGGUCUCCUCAAUGUGCAUUUACAAAUUCAGCUGCUCUUGUGGAGAUAGCCAUAUCGGGCGUACUACCAGACAACUUGACCAACGAAUGAGUGGUUUACAAAGGGCCAGAUAAAAACAAUACGCGGUUCUAUCUUGGCACAUUUUAUUGAUAGCGGUCGUACUGAAACCAUGGGAAUCCGUGCAUAUAACCCCAAUUUAUAUGUACAGAAGAAAUUCCUAACCCCCCUAUCCUUUCCGUGGCCAGUUACAACUUAGCAAACGACUUUUUUUAUUUUUGUUAUCAUUAACAUUAUUUUCACAUCCGGUAUUUGUUUGUAAUUUUCCACCUCUUUCCGUUUUUAUUCUUCACUAUCUAAUUAUUUACUCACUCUUUAUUACGUAAUGGUUUUAAUGUUUUAUGUUGACUAUUCCAAGUCUAUUUACCCACGUUUGACCUUCUGUUUCCAAUGUUUAACUAUUGAUAAGACUUUUGUUAUCGUAUUUUAUUAUUCUUACUACUAUCAGUACACAUGUUUCCCUACUAUCAACUUGUACUUUUACUUAUUAUGUGUGGUGACUUAUUCUAUUCCAUUGGGAUUAUUGACCUAAAUUACCUUGAUUAGUUUGACAUUUUCGUAUAAAUAUUCAUGUAUAUUAGAGUAAAGCCUGAUGAAGAUCUAAUUGAAAAUAAUCUUGUUCGCUUCCAUGUGUUGUUCCAAUAUAAUUCACUAUUGACUAAUUGACUGAAGUAUAACUAUGAGUUUAUAUUUAUAAAUAUAUAUAUUUACACAUAUAUUUAACCACAAUUUGAGGACAUUGGAAAUAGAGAUAUAAUAAAUAGAGCAAUAUAGUAACCGAAAUAAAGUCCGCAGUAGUAAGAAAACUUACGUUAAUUUAGAAAUUAUAUGAGAACCUUCCUUUAUCUAUAUUAGUUGAAGAAAGAUUGUCUUAUAGGAACAUAUUCAAACUUUGUUUCGUUGAAUAAAAGUACUACUUACCUUCGUACAAAAUUAGUUGUGUUCAAGUUUGGCUCAUUAAAAUAUCCCUUUUAGAGUUUUAAGUGUAUGAAUCUGUUUACGUGAUCCUUUGAUUCAAUACUUCAGUAGGAUGUAUUCAGUCUUACUAAGUUGAAAAUAGUGCAAAAACUCUCACUAGAUUAGCUUUCUUUCUUUUCCAAAAGAUGUAUCAGCUAUAUGCUUAUAGAAAAUAGUUGCGAUGUUGGCAUACAUCUCAUCAUUUAUGUGAGAUUUCUUAUCGAUUGUACAGAGAUGGCUCAGUGGCUUAACUUUCAGUCAUUAAAUAAUCGCAAUUUCAAACCAUUCUCUAGCUAUUUCUGUUAAGUCAGUCCUAUAGUUUCAAUAGCCAUCACAUUUAAAACUGAAACUCAGUAAACAUUUCUGUACUUAAUAAAUCAGUUAUAUAUAUAUAAAGUUUAAUCUCACUUGUUUUAAUUUUCCCCAUCUCUAGAUUUAAAUCUGUUGAACUGAUGAUCUAUUUAGCAAUUUCCAUUUGUCCAGCUUAUAGUUUCAUUUACAUGCAUGAACAAUCUGGUCUACCAUUAUUAUUUACAGGGGCAUUUGUUUAUUUAUCUGGUGUGAUAUUUUUCAAAUUAGAUGGUCAUAUUCCAUUAGCACAUGCAAUAUGGCAUUGUUGUGUAUUUAUUGCUACAUUUUUACAAUUCAAUGCAGUCGAUACAUUUUUAUUAACAAAUUAGAUAAAUAAAUUUUUAGAGAAAAAAAAAGAAGAAAGAAAAUGAUAAACGAGAAAAGAAAAUCACCGUGAUCAUUUAUUUUUUUCGUUGUUGUUAUGUUAUCAUAAACAAAGGUUUGUUUGUUCGUUUGUUUGUUACUUUUUGUUGAGCAUUUUUCUGGUUAGCGUUUUUUUAGCGAGUUAGUUUUCUACGGAUCGCUAACCCAAUGCCCAACCCUCCUCCUUUACCCGGGCUUCGGACCGGCAGUAACUCUAAAAGAGCUACAUACGGAGUUUUUAUUGAGCAUAAUAGUCAUAAUUUAUUGAACACUAUAUAUAUGUAUAUACAUAAAUAGUAAUUGACUACUGAUAUACUUAAUUCAACACAGAUAUUAUUCAUUAGCUUCUUUGUAUGUAACAGAUUUUCUUCAUUUCUAUAUAUUAAUUAUGUAAUAUUUAUCUGUUGCUUAAUAUGCUGAAUGUAGUGAUAUAAUUCCUCCUUCUCUCAAUUUUCGUUCCCAAAAUCACAUUAACCUUCAAGAUUCCAUUCUCCCUGUCUAUCUAUCUAUCUGUCUGUCUGUCGAUCGGUCGGUCUAUCUGUCUGUCUGUCCGUUGUGUAAUAUUUCCAUUACUAUUUAUAACAUACAAAUCUUUUACUCAUUUUUAAUUUUGUUAAAUUGAAUUUAUUCCUUUUCCUGACAUUAAUUUACAGAGUUAUUUUAAUGUGUUUUUUUAAUUUAUAUUUCUCAGUUGUAUUUUUUAAUCAGAUAUCAGUAAAAGAAAAGAAUGUUAUGAAUAGUAGUGAUUAUUAUCUCUUGUUAGUAGUAUAUAUAUGUUUGUCCGUUACAACCAAACAAGUUGGUGAAGCCUAAUAGACCCUUCUGGCAAGAAACAGGCCACAUUGAAGCACGGUACAAUUACCAGGGGCUAGAAUAGCUGUUUUUUGCAACCGGUAGGAGUUUGCCCCGUAAGGAGUAACCCCGUAUAUUACAUGCACUAGUUUUGUCAAUUUUUGUUGUUGUUUUUCUAUCCAACAGUAAUUGUGCUAUGAUACUUUGUGGAUUUCGUAAUCGAUUUGAGGGUAUCAGUCGAGUGGGUGAUUAGUCUGAUCUCUAUCACCUGGAUUACGACUCACGUUAGUUUAUGCGUCAUCUGUCCCAUUAUCCAGGAGGUACGAUGCGGACAUGUAAAUAGGCUUUUUCUUCCCAGCAUAUAAAAUUUCUUAUAAUAAUGUGGGCAAAAAAAAACAAAUCAACCUUAUUAAACAUUUUGUCUAGUAUAAUAUUGAACUAGGAAUAUUGAUUAACAUAAUUUAGCAGAACAGUGAAAAUGAUUUUUUAUCUGUUCAAUCUCAUUACUGAUGUGAACAGGGAAACAAGAAACCAUGACAAACUACGAAAGCUAUGUUUCGGGACGUUAUUUCAUUUCAUGCAAAGCUUGUAAAACACUAACAUUUAUUUUUGUCCCUAAGUAAAGCUUAACAAAUUAAAUAAGAAUAGCUCAUACAAUAAUUAAGAUUUUUGAAAUGGAUAACAUAAACAACCCAUCAGUUUAUUCAUGUAACUGUCCUAUAUCCUUUUUAGCUGUAAUAGAUUUAUAUAUAUAUAUCGUGAAUAUCAACUGUGGGAUGCAGGUACAUCCAGCUGACAAGUCCCAACUAGGACGAACCGCGCAUCCUGCAUUCCACUACUAGCCACCAUCCAUCUUUGCUUAGAAUGCUUGUGACUUAAGGUAAUAUCGAGACAUUCCGUACAGGAUACGUACACGCCAAUAAGAGACUGAUCAAUCGCAGUUUUAAACCUCAAUAGUAAGUUUCAAGCAAACAAUAUAAAGAUAAAGGGAAUAUUUGCUUUAAAUUUUAUCAAGUUUCAGAUGAAUAACUUUGGGGUCAUACAGUCUUAAUUAAAGUUUCAUCAAGGAAAUAAUCAAAAGUAUAAAAGAGAAAUAAGGUCACAAUAUUGAUCCCCAUAAAUAAUUGAUCAAUCAUGUUCGUAUAUCGAAUUCACCUUAAGUAUGAAUAUGAUGCUACCGCGUCAAGGUCAUCAUAAAUCAUUCUAGUAGAAACCUGAAAAAUCAAUAAAUAAGCGUACAUAUUCCAAGAAUCUGAUUAUGCAAUAGCUUGAUAAGAUAGGAGAAAUAAAAAUGAAGAUAAAAGAACAAAAAACGAAAUACACCGCCCAGUCUUUUAUAAUUGAAUGAAAUCUAAUUAUUGAGACAUAAACGAAAGAAAAUUGGUUCAAUGAAGAGUUUUCUAUUUAGCGAAUUCAUUUCCAAUGCUGUACAAUAACAAGUAUAUACUGAUUGUCCCGAAUGAUAACAAUUAUAAUGACAGUAAUAACAAAAUCCUACUAAACAUGAUGAUGAAGAGGUAAAAUAAACAAACAAAAGCAUAAAAGGGUUAUGUAUAUUAGGGAAACUACUAUUAUCAAUGUUAUUGAGAGCUUGAAUAUUCAUUAUGCAGAUAAUAUCGAGAAUUAUUUGUGGAAAAAGGAUGUUUAGCGUGAUAAGAUGAAAUUUCAAUGAACUGUAAUCAGGAGAAUCAUUGAAACAUAAACAAAUUAGUUUGAGGGUAGAAGGUCUAGAGAGAAGAUAGAAGGAAGACAGAUAUCUGAAAAAGAAGAAACGAAAAAAAUUACGACAGAUUAAGACCAUGGUACGAGUAGAGAUUACAUAAAUUUCAUUUGUGCACAUAAUUCUGGUUUUUCCAAAUAUACGUUAAAUUCUUCAGUAAUGCUAAGAAGACGGGAGUUGUCUGUCGUUGAGGGCUGUCUACUCACUUAGUAAAUAACUUUAAAUGCAGAGUUUAUUUUGAUCAAGCGAUCUGUGUUCAUAAUGUGUCCGAUUAUAAAACUUCUUAGUGAUUGAUUCUCACCUCUUUUCGGCCAAGACAGGUAAUGUUCUUGAAUUUCUUUUGGAUAAAACAUGCAUCGGACGACCUGAAUACCUGGCCCCACAUGAAAUACGUAUCAAUAUUAUCAGAGUAAGCUUAAAUUAAUGACAAACUUUUUGUUUGUCGACAUCCUAGUUAUUUUUUAUACAACACUACAAAAGUCUGAUCUUAAGAUUAAACCACUGAUCUGUUUCAGCUAAGCACUUAUCAAUAUAACUUUCCUCUUAACUGUGGCCUUUAUAUAGGGACAUGGAUUCAUAAUGUAGAUCCAUUUCUCAUCACGUUAAUUUAAGAGCUCUAUUUCAUCAUAACAUAGAUUGACAGAAGCACCGUAUAUAUGAGCUAAUAAGAACAGCCUGAACAGAAAGGAUGGUAUUCAACUAGCAACCACUAGGCAAAUGUUCGUUAACAAGUAGUUGGACCCUUUCUCUAUCCAACCUGUUUAUUUCACAUGCAUCGUUAUUUUGAUAAAAAUUAAUCUGGGAUAUUAUAGCACUACAAUUAUGUAUUUGAUGGGCCUCAUUUUACAUGCAUAUCGACUAUUCAGAAACAAUUUCAACUUGCACCUCUAUUUUUUCCUUCAUAUGAUAACAUUUAACACUUAAUAUCAAUUAUUAUUAACUCAAUCUUACACACACAUACACACAAUCAUUUAUGCAUUCACUUCCACAUUGUAAACGUUUCACAUGAUUCACAUAUAAAUGACCCAUGUUGUCCUAUUUACUAACGUCAGCAUCUAAAUACGAUUGGAUAAGCCACAGUCAAGAUUUUAUUUUAUUGUUAAACACUAUAUAUUUCUUUGAUUAUUACCCUGAAGAAGUCCAAACAAAUUAGCUGGACAAAACGUUGGAAUUGUUGACAUUUCAAUCGCUGAGAUUAUUCCAAAUAUAAUUUUCACAAAUAAUGUCUUCCCUAUAUAUUUGACGCUCAAAUUAUUCGUUCUAAUAUUGACAAAUAUUCAUAUAAAUCAAUAUGAUUGUCUGUGCAAAUAUAAUUCAUUCUAUUUUACAACCUGUCUAUCAAAUGUUAUUCAUAUUGGAUUGAUCAUUAUCAAUGAGAACUGAGAUAUUCCUCUGUUCAUAUUGGUUACCCAUAAUUCCGACGGUGUUAAUGUCUAAUUUUAAUUAAUCCACGAAAUUUAGCGACACAUCCACCAUUGCCAUCACUGAGUUAUUAUCUGACAACUGACCCAUUUGAACUCCACUGGUCAUUGCUUCUCACUAGAACUCCAGGAAAUACCUCUUGAAGCCAGUCAUUAGUGAGCAUAUGUUGCUUUAUUUAUUUAUUUUAACACAUAGAUAUUGGUACAAGGAGGUAACAAACAGAUAUGCGCCACACAAAUCUCAUUUGAUAUGUGUGAGUACUGUGAUACUGACCGGGUGCACAAACUGAAGUAGGUGGUUUUCUUAGAGGGCCACACCCCGAGCCUUCGACCUGAAGGUCUGAUCCACAAGGCAGUGGACCAACGUUAGGAGAUGUAGUCCCAUGGUAGCCGGUGACCAACGAUUCGUUCACACGCCAUUUGUUCCUUCACGAUACUGGAGCCCAUGUGCACCACUGGUUUGGAAUCAGGG